AUGUCCUACCCGCAGGGCUACCUGUACCAAGCGCCCGGCUCGCUGGCGCUCUACUCGUGCCCCGCGUACGGCGCGUCGGCGCUGGCGGCGCCGCGCAGCGAGGAGCUGGCGCGCUCGGCGUCGGGCUCCGCGUUCAGCCCGUACCCGGGCUCGGCGGCCUUCACGGCACAGGCGGCCACCGGCUUUGGCAGCCCGCUGCAGUACUCGGCCGACGCUGCCGCCGCCGCGGCCGGCUUUCCGUCCUACAUGGGUGCACCCUACGACGCUCACACGACCGGGAUGACGGGCGCCAUCAGCUACCACCCCUAUGGCAGCGCGGCCUACCCAUAUCAGCUCAACGACCCCGCGUACCGCAAGAACGCCACUCGGGACGCCACGGCCACGCUCAAGGCCUGGCUCAACGAGCACCGCAAGAACCCCUACCCCACCAAGGGCGAGAAGAUCAUGCUGGCCAUCAUCACCAAGAUGACGCUCACGCAGGUGUCCACCUGGUUCGCCAACGCGCGCCGGCGCCUCAAGAAGGAGAACAAGAUGACUUGGGCCCCGAGGAACAAAAGCGAGGAUGAGGACGAGGACGAGGGCGACGCAGCGAGGAGCAAGGACGAGAGCCCCGACAAGGUGCAGGAGGGCAAUGAGACCUCCGCGGAGGACGAAGGGAUCAGCCUGCACGUCGACUCGCUCACGGAUCACUCGUGCUCGGCCGAGUCUGACGGGGAGAAGCUACCGUGCCGCACCGGGGACCCCCUGUGCGAAUCGGGCUCGGAGUGCAAGGACAAGUACGACGACCUGGAGGACGACGAGGACGACGAGGAGGAGGGCGAGCGGGGCCUGGCGCCGCCCAAGCCCGUGACCUCGUCGCCGCUCACCGGCGUGGAGGCGCCGCUGCUGAGCCCCCCGCCGGAGCCCGCACCCCGCGGGGGCGGCGGCGGCAAGACGCCCCUGAGCAGCCGGACGUCGCCAGGCGCGCCGCCGCCCGCCAGCAAGCCCAAGCUGUGGUCGCUGGCCGAGAUAGCCACGUCGGACCUGAAGCAGCCAAGCUUGGGCCCGGGCUGCGCGCCCCCGGGGCUGCCUGCGGCCGCCGCGCCCGCCUCAUCCGGGGCCCCGCCCGGCGGCUCGCCCUACCCCGCCUCGCCGCUGCUCGGCCGCCACCUCUACUACACGUCGCCCUUCUAUGGCAACUACACAAACUACGGGAACUUGAACGCGGCGCUGCAGGGCCAGGGGCUCCUACGGUACAACUCGGCGGCCGCGGCUCCCGGCGAAGGGCUGCACGCGGCGCCCAAGGCGGCCAGCGACGCGGGCAAGGCGGGCGCGCACCCGCUCGAGCCCCACUACCGGCCCCCGGGCGGCGGCUACGAGCCCAAGAAAGAUGCCAGUGAGGGCUGCACCGUGGUUGGCGGGGGCGUCCAGCCCUACCUAUAGAAGGGCCAGCGCAGCGUGCAAGUAAGUGGGCACCCUGUGCUUCCCACACCCUGGGGAGCCUCGCAGCACCAACUGCACUGUACACUUGCUUAAUGUGUUUUUCUUGCUUCCUGUCAUGAGGUUGGAAGAUAGAGCAUUUCAAUCUCCUUUGGCCUUUUUUCUCUUAAAGGGGGAGAGUGCCUGUUCUGUUUUGUAGAUUCCCUAUUUCUGGCUCAAGUUCUGUUUUGAAGAGUCAUUCCUUAAACUGCAAUAUAUAUUGCACCACUGCUGUUCUUUUCUCUUUGAAAAAAUAGAUUAUUAAAAUCUGGGCAUUUGAAUGCAUUUUGGAGCCAGUUUUACUGUGCUAGACACAUACUAGACAGUCGCUUUGAUGGGCUAGCACCACUGAGACUUGAAGUCUCAAAAACCUUCAUAGAUGAUGUUUACAGGCUAAGACUGAAGACACACCAGGAGUGCUAGUCUUUCAUCAGCCCUGCCCGCCCGCAUGUCCACAUGGACCGGACAGGACUCUGAAGUUCUCCUGGCUCACAGCAGUUUCUCAAAAAAUAUGUUACUUUACAACUAGACAAAAUUACUAAUCACAGAUCUUGAAGAUGGGCGAGGUGGAACCAUUUCUGAUCAACUCAUUUCCUAAUGUGAUGGUGUCAGUGUGGAACUGAAGGAUUUGGGAUGAUUUGGUUUUUUCCUUGGUCCACAGGUAGGUGUCACAAUUGCUUUGGAAAAAAAAAAAAAAAAGUCAGCAGGCCAUUCUCCCUUCCCAAGCUUAUAAACACAUAGAUACAAACACCAGAUGUCUAAAUCGGGACCACAUCUUGUGCCACUGUAAACGAGAAGGAUCCACCCAGCACUGUCCACCCACAGACUCUAGCGAUUGGAACAGACUAUUGUUGGACAUACGUGAAUUUGUCGGCAUAGUAUAGCUUCCCCAAUGUAUUUGUGACUCUUGGAAACAAUCUGUUUUUCUCAGGAUAUCUUGAAUUGAUCACUUCAUUGCCACGGUAUAUAUUCUAUAGGUGUGAUAGGAUUUACUGUAAAGUUUAUUUGUAAAAGAUGUACACAGUAGAAAUAAAACGUGAUUGAAGAACUUGAGUACUUCAGAAGUGGAAACAAAUUUGAUAUUUAUUUUUAUAAUGAUAUAAAGCUUCUAGUAAUUUAUGCAAGUUGUAUUGCAAUGGAAUCUAAGCUUUUUGUAAAUAAAUUCUGCCUGGUUUUUAUUUGAACAUUGCUGGUUAUACAAUCUUUGUUGGUUGUUUAACAUGGAUUCUUUACUAAUUUAUAUCUUAAAUUGUAAAUAAAAACAGACUAGUCUACAAUAAUAUGGUGUUUGGGGCUGAUUUUUCCUAGAAGAGAGAGGUGGGUUUGGAGCCACAGGGGAUGAUGACCUCCAGGUGAUCUGGCCUCUCCUUCUCAGUGAAAAGCUGUGUGAGAUAAACUCUCCUUUCUUAUGCUUAUUAAAAAGAAAGGCAGACGAAAGAGAAAUGCGCAGUAGGGAGAUACAUGUGGUUCUAGAUUAUUUAUAUACAAAUGUAUUGCAAGAAAAUUAAGAUUUUUUUGUGCUCUGAAUAUGCAAAUUACUUGUUAGUGUAAAUUUUUAAAACUAAGCAAAAUAUAAUAAAAUGAUCUGACACCCCUA